GCAAUGAACCAGACAUGGGUCACUGAAUUCCUCAUUCUGGGAUUCUCAGAAACACCUCAGCUGCAAAUGCUGCUCUUUCCUGCCUUCCUCCUCCUCUACAUGGCGGCCCUCUCUGGAAACCUGCUCAUCGUGGUGGUCAUUGUCUCCAGCCCUGCCUUGCACACUCCCAUGUACUUCUUCCUGGUGAACCUGGCCAUGGUGGACAUCCUCUGCACCUCCACGAUCCUGCCUAAGCUGCUGGGCAGCAUGAUGGCCGGCAGGACCAUCUCCUAUGGAGGCUGCAUAGUGCAGCUUUUUUUCUUCACCUGGUCCCUGGGGGCUGAGCUACUGCUCUUCUCUGCUAUGGCCUAUGACCGCUAUGUGGCCAUCUGCUGGCCCCUGCGCUACAGCGCCCUCAUGGACCCCAGGGUGUGCAGGCUCUUGGCCAUGGCUGUGUGGACAGUCAGCCUAGCCAACACCAGUGUACACACUGGCCUCCUGCUGCACCUGCCCUUCUGCCACUCCAACGUGGUCCAACACUUCUUCUGCGAGAUCCCCCCUCUGCUGAAGCUCUCCUGCGCCCCGACACACCUGAAUGAAGUGAUGGCCUUCACUGCAGACAUUAUCCUGGCAGUGGGGAACUUCUCUGUGAUCAUGCUCUCCUACGUCUGCAUCAUGGCCAGCAUCCUGCGCAUCCGCUCCGCAGCGGGCAAGCGGCGGGCCUUUUCCACCUGCUCCUCCCAUGUCCUGGUGGUCACCUUGUAUUACUCCACUGUCAUCUACACCUACAUCCGCCCAGCAUCCAGAUACUCACUGGACAAGGACAAGGUGGUCUCUGUCAUCUACACUUCGGUGGCCCCCUCCCUGAACCCCCUUAUCUACUCCCUGAGGAACACGGAUGUCAAAGUUGCCCUCAGGAGACUGUUCUCCUGA